AUGGCGAAGGAGACUUGCACGCCGGAGUGCCUGUGGGCGGAGCGGAAGCCCUUCGUUUUUCUGACAGUCUCCGUGGCUUCUCCGGAAGAACUGAAAGUGGAUUUAAAAGAACAAAGUUUGGACUUCAGCUGCAGCAAAGGAGACAAGAAGUACCAGUGCCACCUCGACUUCCCGGAGCCCAUCAACGUCGAGGAGAGCAAGUACAGCACGCAGCGGAACGUGCAGUUCAAGUUGGUGAAGAAGGAAGCAAAAAGGUGGCGGCGGGUUUGCGUGGAGAAGCAGCACUUCGUGAAGUGCGACUGGAGCAGAUGGGUGGACUCUGAAGAAGAAGAGGGGGGCCCCCUGGGGGACUUUUCGGACUUCGACAUGGACUCCAUGGGCUUCGGGGGCCUCGGGGGGGGCCCCCAGGGGCCCCUCGACUUCGGGGGCCUCGGCGGCGAGGGGGGCCCCCUGGGGGCCCUCGACCAGGAGGACUCCGACGACGAGGCCGACUUGCGGGACCUCGACGCGCCCCUGGACCAGGAGGGGGCCCCUGCUGCUGCUGCUGCUGCUGCUGCUGCUGCAGCGGCAGGAAAACAGAGAAAAAAGAAGGAAAGAUUUAAGAGAAUUUCCUCUAGUUUCCCACAAAGAGGCCAUCAGCAACUCUGCAGCAGCAGCAGCAGCAAAGACAGCAGCAGCAGCAGCAGCAAGGCCAGCCGCAGCAGCAGCAGCAGCAGCGGAAGCAACUCGAGCAGCAGAAAACAUGGGCCGGCUGAAGCUGGUUUGGACCGGAUCUGCGCGCCGGCGUGUCCAGGUGAGGACCUUUGGGGUGUGGCCGGCACCUUCUCGCAGCCCCCCUGGGCCGCGCGCAUAGAGCUGCCUUACGAAGCUGCCAGCGGCUGCUACGCAGUCGAGCUGCUCUGCAGCCAGCAGCAGCUGCAGCAGCUGCAGCAGCAGCAGCUCCUCAUCAAGUUCCUCGUCGACGGCCAGUGGAGGCUCGAACGCACGCUCCCCGUCCGCCAGGACGCAACGGGAAACUGGAACAAUGUGCUGGUGCCGCAGAGCGGGUCUGCAGCAGCAGCGGCAGCAGCAGCAGCAGCAGCAGCAGAAGGGAGUGCGUUUACGAGCAGCUUGGUGGCUGCUGCUUCCCGCGCCGCGACAAGCACAGCAGCGACAGCAGCAGCAGCAGCAGCAGGCAUCAACAGCAGCAGCAGCAGCCUGGGUGCUUCUUCUUCCCCCGACUUGGGCUACGCAGAAGGCCUGGAGCUCAGGUGUACAGACACCUGCCGCAGAAGCAGCAUUUGGUGGCCUUUAUAUGUCUCUAAGGACUUCAAACAAAUCCAGAGCCUACACGAGGGGCCCCUGCUGCGCUCGCACUCUUCGCUGCUGCCUUCUGCUGCUGCUGCAGCAGGAGCUUCUUUGCUGCGCGACUUGAAGCGGCUCGAAGCAAUUUCUCUCUCUGUCUCCAGCUACCCCAGCUCCGUGCUUUCCCGUCUGCACGCUCCCGGGGUGCUGCUGGGCCUGGGCUCAGCAGCAGCAGCAGCAGCAGCAGCAGCAGCAGCAGGGGGCGAGGGGACGGCGGAGCCGCAGGAGCGCCUCCCCUCCCAGGCCGCGGGCGACAGCCCAGCGGCCGCGGCCUGCCCGCAGCCGCAGGCGCAGGCGCAGGCGCAGGCGCAGGCGCAGCAGCAGCAGCAGCAGCAGCAGCAGCAGCGUCUGUCGCUGCAGUGCGGGGUGUUUCUGCUGCCGCACCCGGAGAAGCAGCAAACUGGAGGGGCGGACGCCUUCUUCAUAGCAGCAAAGGGGAAGGGCCAAAUGGUGGCUGUGGGCGUUGCAGACGGCGUGGGCGAGUGGGACGCCUUCGACUUGAACCCCAGGCUGUUUGCCGAGGAGCUCAUGAAGGGCUGCUGCGACGCAGCGAGCCACGCAGCAGCAGCAGCGCCCGCAGCAGCAGCAGCGCCCGCAGCAGCAGCAGCGCCCGCGCGCGAGCAGCACCGCGGCGCAGCCCGCCCCCCGCCCGCAGCAGCGCCCGCGCGCAGCGGCAGCCCGCGCCGCCCCGCAGCAGCAGCAGCAGCAGCAGCAGCAGCAGCAGCGGGCGUGGGCGCGCGGGCGCUGGAGAUCCUGAAGCAGGGCUACGGGGAGACGCGGAGCUUCGGCAGCUCGACGGCGCUGGUGGCGCUGCACGAGGGCGGGCAGCAGCUGGGCGUGGCGAACGUGGGAGACAGCGCGCUGAUGGUCUUGCGGAGACAGUUGGUGUACAGAAUGACCUGCGUGUUCCGGACUGCGGAGCAGCAGCACGAGUUCAACUGUCCCUUCCAGCUGAGCCGGCUGCCGCAGCCGCGCGACUACGAGCUGCUGCGCUGCAGCGGCAAGCAGGCGCUGCUGCAGCUGCUGCAGCGCGCGGCGGCGGCUGCCGUCCCGCAGGACACGCCCGACGCCGCAGCAGUCGCCACCGUCGCUGUGCAGGAGGGGGACUUGCUGCUGCUCGGCACUGACGGGCUUUUCGACAACUUGUUUGACCACGAAAUCUGCUCGAUUGCUUCUUUCUUUUUGAGUCCCAAGGAGGCGCGCCUCCUCGGAGACCCUUCCCUCGCCACCUCCGCCACCGACGCGGCCCACGCCAUUGGGGAGGCUGCUGCCCACAGGAGCCGCUCCUCCACCGAACGAACUCCCUUCAUGAAACACGCCCGACAGGAAGGGGCUUUCUUCACGGGGGGCAAAAUGGACGACAUCACAGUGGUGGCUUGCUGGGUCACUUCGGGAGAAGGUCUUCCUUCCAAUUCCAAAGACAUUUCCGGCUUCCAGGGAGCUGCUGCAGUCAGCCGCGACUGCUGA